AUGUCCGACAAACUUCGUGAAUUCAUCGAGAUUCCUCAACAGUUCGUUCGGGAAGGCAACCAAUUCCUCACUCGUUGCACGAAGCCUUCACAAAAAGAGUUCACGCAAAUCUGCAAAGCUGUUGCGAUUGGAUUCAGCAUCAUGGGAUUCAUUGGCUACUUUGUCAAGCUCAUCCACAUCCCAAUGUACGUAAACAACAUUCUAGUUGGUGGUGCAUAG